AUCUUGUCCAAAUUCUUCCCUUUCUUCCUCUUGCUUGGCCCGGUCGAAGAGAAGAAGUUUUACACUCGAAAUCACGGAAUCAUGGACGAGCAUAGGAAAUUUUUGGCAGAUCGCCUGCUCAGUGAGGAGCGACCGAUCACAUAUCGCGUCCUUAGCAGGGCCUUGGAUGUUCAUGUGAACACUGCAAAGGAGAUGCUCUAUGACUUUCACAAGUACCAGAAUGCUUCGCGGGCCAACUCGGUCUACGCAACCUACCUUGUCUAUGGCAUCAGGAGCUCAGACAAUCAGGAGUCUGAUGGAGAUGUUGAGAUGUCAAGCUCAGCCCCCGAGAACGAGGCUUUGUCUGAGACGGUGCCCGUCACGACCAUGACCCUUGCUAGGGAGGAAGAGCUCAGCGAUAUCCUGGCUGACUACCAACAAGUCACUUCGAUUCAUGUCUACAGUCUUGCACCUCAUCCCCAAAAGGACCUCUCCCUCUUGUCAGAUGUUUCAGCACAGCUAUCAGAGUACCCAAAAGAUGAAGAUGCUUUUGCGGCAUCGAAGAAGUAUGGAAUCAUCAGCAACCCUCAAGCUCGAAAGAGAGAUCGCAAGGGCCGUCCGCAGGCUCCUUCCCCAGCUACUUCACAAGCUAUCAAGCGAGAACCUGCUUCGUCCAAGCCGGCGCCAGCUGCAAAGGUCAAGGAGGAACCGUCAACAGCCAAAUCAGAGGCAGCGGAGGCCAAGCCGACUAAGAAGGAAGCAUCAGCUCCCUCAUCUAAGGAGGGCACGCCGGCUCCUAGUGGCUCGAAGAAGCCAGCCGUGAAGAAGGGCAUGGCAGGGAGCAUUAUGCAAUCAUUCGCCAAGGCAGCUGCACGACCACCCAAGCCGAAGCCGGCUCCCAAGGAAGAGGAUACUUCUAUGGCCCUCUCAGAUGAUGGUGAAGCGGAUGACUCUGAUAUUGUCGCCUCCAAGUCAAAGCCUGCAGUAGAUGCCGAGGAAGUUAGGAGAAAGCGUCAAGAACGCGAAGACGCCCUGCGGAAAAUGAUGGAGGACGAUGAUGAGGAUGACAAUAAGGAAGACUCAGACAAGGAAGAGGAGCAGGAAGACGAAGAGAUGGAAGAGGCACCCGAACCUGAACCGGAACCCGAGGAGCCCAAGGAGAAGAAGCCUUCGGAGGUGAUAUCGAGCAGCGGAGAUGGGCGCAGAAGAGGAAAGAGACGGGUGAUGAAGAAGAAGCGCAUCCUUGAUGACCAGGGGUACAUGGUCACGAUUCAAGAGGAAGGCUGGGAAUCCUUCUCAGAGGAGGAGGCCCCGAAGCCGGCAAAGAAGCCAGCGCCAACUCCAACCCCGUCAUCAUCAGCAGGAUCCAAGGCAAAGAAGCCUGCUCCAAAGGGACAAGGAAACAUCAUGUCUUUCUUCUCCAAGAAAUAA